CGCUCUUUAGAUGCCUGCCGACGAUGCCGAACCAAAAAGGUGAAAUGCGACCAAAAUUUCCCAACUUGUCUCCGGUGUCAAAAAGCAGGUAGCGAAUGCGUUGGUAUUGACCGGGCUACUGGAAAAGCAAUCCCCCGCUCGUAUGUUUAUUACUUGGAGCAAAGGAUUUCCUCACUCGAAAACAUUCUCACUGCCCAUGGAAUCGAAACCAAUGCAAACCCUACAAUACAACUGCCGAUAGGAUUAUCGCAAUCUUCGAAACCGUUGGCUGGCAAUGCGCAUGCAGCGGAAAGCCCUACAUACAUGGGAGCCUCGCUGGGAAUUACAUUCGCCAAACUAAUAACUGCAGCUGUCAAAAUGAAGAAGGAGACACUGAAUAUUCAAAUCGAUCAGCUGAAGAACUUACCACCGGUCGAUCAGAUACCUGCUGUUUUGCCUGCCAAAAACAUAGCCCAGAUCUUUGUUAGCACUUACUUUGCCCAUAGCAACAGUCAACUUCCCAUCUUGCAUCGUGAAAUGUUCCUCAAUGAUUUUUUUGAGCCUAUAUACGGCUCUUGGGACGACAGCAUCUCGCCCACAACUGAACCUUUUUCAAAAAUCAAGCGCAGCUCGACUAUUGCACCGGAAGACACUUGGAUCUACAAGUUCAAACAGAUGAUAUCAAAUAAUCUAUCUGACAAACAUAAGAGUACAUCACGCACAAUCUUGCAACCCUACCCCGAGGAUGUUCCCGAGCAGUAUCACCGUCCUCUUUUCUAUCUUAAUCUAAUCUUUGCCAUAGCGUCUUCCGUGAAUCAUUUGCAGUACAUGAAUUCCAUAAGUGAGCAAUUUCGAACGGCCGCCCUUGGAUUUCUGAAGUCUGCCUAUUGUACGAGUGAUCCGCUCGAGCAGCUACAGGCAAACUUAAUCUUAUCAUUGUAUUCCCUCAUGCGUCCUUGCAAGCCCGGGAUCUGGCACAUUCUUGGGAAGUGCUUGAGGAUUUGCGUGGAGUUAGGAUUACACAACAACGCUAUCGACAAAAGUGUUGGGCUCGAUGCUUUCACAAAGGAUAGGCGUAGGCGGCUUUUCUGGUGCACAUACUCUCUUGAUAGACAGAUCUGCUUUUACAUGGGAAGACCGGUUGGUAUACCAGAAGGCUCAAUCAAAGCCAUGUUUCCGUCUGAGCUCGAUGAUGCUUAUAUACUCGAGAAUAGCCCAGGGGUGAAGGACUAUUCUAAAGAAUUUGGUGGCAUGCCUAGCUAUAAAAGCAUAUCCAUAUCUUUCUUCCGAAUUCGGAAAAUCCAGCUGGAAGUUCAAAGGGUGUUGUACGAAGGCGAGGAGAUUCCACGGAGGUUUGCGAAUUUGGAUGACUGGAAAUAUUACGUUCAGGCACAGCUUGAUGAGUGGUGGCAGGAUGCAUGUAAUUUACAGAACUGCACCGGAACUGAAUUUCACAUUGAGUUUUUCAGUCUCAAUUACAACCACACAUUGCUACUGCUCAAUGGACUCUCGCCCAGAAACUUCAAAUUGAGCCAAGAAGCGUUGAUAAAGGUAGCACAAACCUCGAAGAACCUCAUGUCUUGCUAUUCCCAGCUAUACAACAAAAAAGCAAUUAACUACACUUGGGCUGCUGUGCAUAACUUGUCCAUGGCAGGAACCUCGUUUUUAUAUGCACUAUAUCAUUCGGAUGAAGCAAGAGAAUUGUUUCCUAAAGAGAUUGUGAUGAAAGUCUCGGAAGACUGUAUAAUUGUGCUCUCGCUGUUGAUUGCGUCUUGCGAUGCGGCCAGAGACUGCUUGCAAAUGUUCCGUAUACUCACUGCAGCAAUCUUAAAAAUACGCUAC